UUAUGGCAAAUUUAAACAAGAAAGGACAUAAGGCCUCGGACAACCACCAGACACAUUUUUUUGAAGCUGAGUUUAUUGCCUGGGACAAGCAGAACCGUGGGUAUCUAACAACUGAGGAAUAUGUUAACCUCUUUGAAUUCCUCCAAUAUGGAGAUAGCUCCGAAAUAAUUGAGCUGUUAGGAUCUAUAAUACAGGGAAGAGAUAGAUCAAAGAACAUUACUAUGGAGCUACAUAUGGAUGUCAUGAGUCGCCCGGGGGUCAAGGAACGUACAUCCCGACACAGAGAUUUCUUCAUGACGUUCGCCGACGGGAGUGAUACAGCAACUAGAAAACAAAUAUUGCAGCGUUACGAGCAAAUAAUGGGAGAUCAGUUUACAGAGGAGCAUAAGGAAAAGAUCUAUAACCUUAAAAUAGGUUUUGAUGGUAAAGUGACUUACGAGGAUUUCCUUCGGAAUUACUUGAUUGAGAGAGGGCAAGCGGGAGCGUCUCGUUGUAACAUGUGUGAAAAGAAAUAAAAAUAUGCACUAAUGUGGUAUCAUAUAAUAUUCGUGGGCAGCAAUUUUUGUGGAUUGAUUUGAAAUUGCAGCUUUAUGUGUAGGUAAGCAUGUUUCAAAUGAUCCUACAAAUCGAGUACGUUUCUAGAAAUAGUGCUGAAAUGAACAAUUAAGUUUGUAGAUCAACUUACGUAACAAAGUUAAGUGUUUUAAAAAUAUGGGUAAUAAUGAUAACCAAAAGUUAGUUUUAAGCAGUAGAAGGUAGAAAUAGUUCUUAAAAUAAAUACAAAUAAAGAAAAUUGUUAUUAUGAAUCUUUACAUUUGUAUCAUGUUAAAAUGUGUUUUAGAAUGAGAUUAUCAUUUCGUUUGCUUUGACAUACGUACUUACGUGUAAUACAUUAAAUUAAAACAGACGUAUACAAACAACUUUGAAUAUAUCUCGGAUUAAAUGUUUGUAAAUAUUACAUGUAUUGUAUAAUCAUUUAUCAUAUAAAAGCAAUUUCAACUAUUUCUGUCAACCCAUUCAAAUAUCUCCGCAAAUUUAUCUUAAUGCUUUUAGAUUUAUCAUAAAGUUUGUCAAUUACAAUGAAGCGAAAUUAAAAUUCAACAUAUCAAACAGUGCCAUGUAAAAAUACAUAGUUAUGUAUCUUAUUUUUAUGAUCGUAGUUUUUGCUAAAAUUAGCUAACUAUUCAUCAUGAAAAGAAAAAUGUACAUUUUUAUUGUGAAUGAUAUUCUUUUAUGUUGUAGAUGUACAUAAGGCGUUGUUCAGAUUUAAAAACAAAUAAUAUUCAUUAUAAAAAUAACAAAAAUAUUCCAAAAACGUUUUUCAAUUCCAGAAUUCCGGAGUCAGUCUGCUGUUUAUUUUAACGUUUAUGAACUUAAAAAAAAAACUUCUGUAACUUCUUGCCACACUGUAAUUUAUUGUACAUUUGUAUGUAUUGAAUAAAAAAUGUUCUGCCUCC